AUGUCAUCCAUCUACAAAGCAUUACAAUCCAAGUCCUCAAAAGACACCCUGGACAAAACUAAACACAUCAACAGACAAAGGUUACUAGUCAUAUCCUCACGAGGAAUAACCUACAGACAUCGUCAUCUCAUAAGUGACUUGUUAACCUUGUUACCACAUGCAAGAAAAGAACCUAAAUUCGACACCAAAAAGAACCUUUACCAAUUGAAUGAAGUUGCUGAAUUAUACAAUUGUAAUAAUAUUUUCUUUUUUGAAUGUAGAAAACAUCAAGAUUUAUAUCUUUGGAUUGCCAAGCCACCUAAUGGACCCACGGUGAAAUUCCAUAUACAGAAUUUACACACUUUGGAUGAAUUAAAUUUUAUUGGGAAUUGCUUAAAAGGAUCAAGGCCAGUGUUGAGUUUUGAUAAAUCGUUUGAAUCUAGUGAUCAUUUCAAGUUGUUGAAGGAAAUGUUUAUACAAACUUUUGGUGUGCCUCCAAAUGCUAGAAAACUGAAACCAUUUAUUGAUCACGUAACGACCUUUGCUAUAGUUGAUGGGAAGAUUUGGAUUAGAAAUUAUCAGAUUAAUGAAACGUUGGAAACCAAAGAGAAUGAAGAUGGUGAUGAAGUUGAUGUUGAUUCUUUGAACUUGGUUGAAAUUGGACCAAGAUUGGUAUUGACAUUGAUCACUAUAUUGGAAGGAUCAUUCGGUGGACCCAAGAUUUAUGAAAAUAAAGAAUAUGUGUCACCUAAUUUCGUUAGAGCUCAAAUUAAACAACAAGCAGCUCAACAAGCUAGAAGUAGAGCUGAAGCUGCUUUGGAAAGAAAGAUCAAAAAGAGAAGUCAAGUGUUGCAAAAGGAUCCAUUAUCUAAUGAUGCCUUAUUUAAGGAGUAG